AUGGCCCCCCGGAGCCGCGGGCGGAUGGAGCCGAGCUACGUCGUGGGUAUCUGCUGCUUGGUGCUGCUGGAGCCGGGCCGGGUGUGGAGUGGCGAGCCCAGCACCGGGGGGCCCGGUGAGAACGGGAACAGCAGCCAGGCACCGGCGGUGGAGUCCACGGCCCCCGCGCCUACCGGCGAGGCACCAGCUGGGGGAGAUCGCUGCCGCGGUUACUACGACGUGAUGGGGCAGUGGGACCCGCCGUUCAACUGCAACGCCGGCAUCUACCAGUACUGCUGCGGGACCUGUGGGUACCGCUUCUGCUGCCAGGUCAAGCCCAGACGGCUGGACCAGAGCGGCUGCUCCAACUAUGACACCCCCAAUUGGGUCAACACGGGCCAGCCACCUGCCCGGGUGGAUGAGACCCCCGAGGACCCCGCUCGAGACAAGACCAACAUGAUCGUCUACAUCAUCUGUGGUGUGGUGGCCAUCAUGGUGCUGGUGGGCAUCUUCACCAAGCUGGGCCUGGAGAAGGCACAGGGUCCGCAGACAGAGAUGAACGUCUCCAGGACGCUGACGGAUCUCCUGAAGCAGCCAGGCCAUGGCCCCUCCGAGCACAUGGACGGCCUCAUGGGAGGUGUGCAGGUCCCACUGGGUGAGGGGCUGCCCCAGGGGCCCCCCAGGAACAGCACAGACAAACCACCCCUGAACAAUGCAGUGGUCAUAGCCCCCUCCCUGGGGCGGCCCCACAGCCACAACAAGCGUUUGCCACUGAGCAGCAGCCUGGCCGUGCCAGCCCCCACCUAUGCUGCCUACGCCACCCUCAAGGCUGGAGAAACUGCUCCUGAGGACUUCUACAGGCGGUUCGGGGGGUCAGAAGUACCCCCUGCCAGCACCUUGUCCUUCCCUCCUGCGGAGAGCCCGGUGCUGCCCGAGGGCUGCCCCAAGGUCAAGGGUCCCAAGCUGCCGGGGGGCCCAGCCUUCCUGGGGGGCUGGGAGGGGGCCCUGCCCCGCGGCCCCCGCCGGCCUGGCCCGGCAGCCCUGCGCGGCGAGGGGCCGCCCGACGCCUUCCUGCCUGCCACGCCGCUGUACGGCCAGCCCCCCCGGCACCUCGCCACCAACAGCAAGACCGAGGUCACCGUCUGA